CUAGCAACUGGUGAAACAUAAUUUGAUAAAGCUAUUUUUUUUACAAUCUUAUUUAUACAAAGUUCAUCUUUUUAUGUGCACUUUCGCUCGUUUUGUCUAUGUCGAUCGUAUACUAUUAUAAAUUAGAGCAAUCAAUUAAUAUCAAGUUUAUUUUAUUUGAUUUUGCAUCUUUUUAUAAAUAUUAUUAAUCUGCGACACAUUUCCCAACAUUUCAGGAAAGCGAAAACGCAUUAGCAUUGGUUCUUGUAACGGUUAUAAAAUAGGUAAACAGGUGACCUCGGUUACCGAAUGGUUGAUAUUUACUUCCCAUCUAAUCAAUGGAUGACUUGUUUCCAUUUUAUAUGCUUAGUGUGUGAACGAUUACACAUCAAGCUUUGUACAUAGGUCUUUCACUCGAUGGCAUAUAGAUCUCAAUCCCCAAACCCUUAUCGGACAAGCUUUCGCGUAAAUUUAUAGCACGGGCAAUAAUUUUGCUGAAACGAAAAACGUAACGUAAAGUAAACAGUGUCACUAUUUAGGUAGAAAUUAGUAGUUUCAUGCACACGCUACUCAUCUGCUCACCACCGCAUGUGCUUUUAAUGUAUCAAUUGUGUUGCACACAUAUGGUCACGAUGCAUUCUUUCGUUGGUCGGUUCUACAGCAAACACACUUCUCAUGCGUUUUACCACAGAACAACUCAUGUUUCGGCAUAUGUACAGAGAGCAUAAAGCGAUUUGUGUACAAUUCGUUUCCGCUUUCGUAUUGCGUUGCGGUGCGCUUAAAUUAAAAGGAAAUGCUUAACUCUAGACAUGGGUUGGCGGGCGUCUCGGAAGCGAUCAAAAGUAUUAGCGAUAGAGCAGCACUUGGCAGACAAAUUCUUCUCCUUUUAGAGUAAGCCUUAUCGUUUAGGUUCGAUGCUUAGCGACGCAUAGACAGUUGUAAAUGGUUUCUCAGCAUCUAAAAAAAAGGUCAAAGAAACAGUUGUGUCGAACUAGCGAAAGUAGUGGUAGCAAUUAGUGUUAGCUAGAGGAGCGAACUUUUAUGCGCUGGCGUAACGCGAUCAAAAAGAGAAUGCUUCCACAGGUUCCACCAUUUUCCCAUUUCCACCCUCCCCCCGCUCGGAUUUAGUUCAUAAGCAUUCGAAACGAUAACAUUUAUUGAUUAACAACCGAUUUCUCGAAAUUUGGAAAGAUUGUGGCGUUACGUUACCUAUCGCCCGGGGAAAAAGGUACCCACACAUGGUCGUGUUACUGUAGUGCUAAGUUACUAUAAAAAAGCAAAAAAAACUGAUCGAGUUACAUAAAAAAAGUGUAAUGAAAAACGAAAAUCUAAAGAUUCAGAUUUGGUCGUUUGAUUGUAGGCUUGUGAUGGCCAGAAAUCAGACUAAACGGCAAACACAUACAAGUUAAAUCACUUUCGUCAGUAAGUGCUUCUUAUAACUCUUGUGGCUUUAAAAAGGAAACCUUCCCAACUUUUGUAUAAAGCAAUGUUUCCUUUCCUAGUGAACGAUUCGUUACUUUUCGUAUAUUUUCGAGCGAGGUCCCGUUUCGUUUAAGAUUUGCCCAUUAGGUUUGGUUGGAACAACGCUCAUCGGUCUGCGCCUUUAAGUUACGUGCUAAUUUAUUAGAUUCGGUAAAAAUGGAGAAUGAGAUUUAAUUGUUGAUGCUAAAGAACUGUAAGAAUGUGAUUAAGAGGAUAAAAUUAAAAUUAUAUAUAACAAAACAAAAACAAAAAUGUAACAGGGCAACACACCGGUGACCAAACCGUUCGAUUACUUUGGAUCUUGAUGACAUAAUUUAAUUCAAUUACUGUAACACGGGAAAGUCUUGGAAAUGUUUUAAUCUCGUUAAUGUUUAUGAUUGGAAGCGAUUCGAACUUUUUAUUGUUUAAUUGAUUUACUUAGAUUAGACAACAUAAAUCGUAACACACAUAAAUGAUAUAUUGUAAAUUUGCUUGUUAUCACGUUGCGCACGAUAACACUGUAACCGCCACAGGUUACAGUCGGGAUGAUCGUGGCGCAGGAGUAGGCUACGUUUAGUUAGUGAAACAUCGGUACAGUGAACGGUUCGGUGCCGUGUCUUCGUGGGUCAGCAAACUCAGAGCACCAUGUCGAAAGUGCCCGGCAAAAUAUUGCAACCAUCAGCGUCGAACGUUGUAAGCGAACAACCACACGCAUUGCUCGAUGGCGUAUCGAAGUUAGCACCGUCUCUUGAAAGUUUAUCGGCACUGAAGCUUGGUGGAGCUUCGGGACCAACACUAGCCGGGAUUGGUCAAUCAUUGACUGGACGUGGUUUGGAUACGCUCAAUUCCAAUCAAUACGGGCAGCUCGGUGUCAGUGCGUUCACCGAAGGCGUUGUGAAGAACGAUGGUCACGUUAAUCCGUUGCCCAGCGAGGCAGCGACCGAGAGCGCCGGUCGCCUGAUGACGGAUAUGAUCGGUGAGGAAACGGUUACAAAAAUGGAGCAACGAUACGCGAAGGCAGUGGAUAAAAUCACCGAUGUCGAGAUGUCGGCGGGACAUAUAGCGAUGGCCGGUCGAUCGUUGGGCUAUCUGGGUGCGGAAGAAGGGGUUGACAUAGCGGACGCAAGUGAAAUGCCGAAUGCAUUGUCUGCUGGGUUGCUAGAGCCGGAAGCGGAUGCGGUAACGACGGACCUGCACGAACUGGAUGUGGAACAGCUGGGGCAGAUAGCAGCGACCGCAGGAUAUAUACCAAAGAUGGCGGUACCCGAUGGAGCAGCUGACGUCGCUGAUGGCGAUGCGGAUGGGUGCUGUUUCUGUUGUGGAGACGAUGCCGGCGCCGAUGAUGACCUGUGCGGCUGUGGAGAUUGCUGUGGUGACUGCUGUGACUGUGGCGAUUGCUUCGGGUGCGGCGAUUGCAUCGGCUGCGGAGACUGUCCGGAUUGCUGUUCGGGUUGCUCCAUAAUGUGAAUCAAGGUUAGCUUCCUUUUCGGAACUAACUACUACUGCCCCCUUGGCCACCGGCCGGCUCAACCACUGUUUACAGGUGCACUUUAAAACUGUGCCGAGUGUUGCUGUUAGAUUUCAACGCCACAAUGCGAAUGUGCCAAGAGAACGCGUGACCUCAAGUAGUUUGAUCUGUGCAUUAGCAAUAGGACGAGAAUUUGCUAGCUUAGGUGAUUAACUACCAGGAGCAGAGAGAUUAUAUGUUGUUCUUACGAAGAUUAUUUGUUUGUGUGUACAGUAAGCAAAAAAGUGCAAAAUCGUUCUAAUGGAAAUGAAUCCAAUGGAAUUGUUGCUCUCCACAUCAGCCUUCCCAGCAGUGUUCAGUAUUUUAGGUGUAUUUUACACGUCAGAAUGGCGUGCGAUAGCUUUUUUUACACAUAUAUAUAUUGAUAAGAUAAUCUCUGAACGUGGUUAGAGUACGUGUGGAGGAUUAUGUUUGUUAUAUUGGUUGUUUGGUAACGCGGUGUAAUUAUCGUUGCGAUAGCCACGAAUGAC